AUGGUUGCGUUGGUAUGUUAUGCGUUUGGGAAGGUUCGGAGCGUGGAGUGUUGGGAAAAUGGUUACUUCAGUGGUCCGUACACUGAGCGGCAACACCUGGGACUGGGACUGGGACUGGUCACCUCAUUAAAUUACUGGAGGAUUCUUGAGAACGAACAAGCCAUGCUUCACAAGUCAAUCCAGGGAAAUGCCAACAACUGA